GGGGUGGUAGAAUAUUCAAAUCACGCAAUAAAUAUAUAAAUACAUUCACUGAUUUUGAUCAACCACCUUCUCCUCUUUCUUCAAUUUCAACUUUCUUUGAUUCUAGUGACAACGUUCAUUGUUAGCACCGAAAUUUCAAAACGAUGUUGGUGCAAAGAAUGUGCACGCUAGGGUUCUUGCUAAUCGUCGGAAUCUUCGAACUCGAUGCCGUUCAUGGUUACAAUCGACCACCACCUCGUCAAAACCUCGUUAUUCCAAACGCGGAUCACCCGGACUCGCCACAACAGGUACACAUAUCUCAAGUGGGCCAAAACAAGAUGAGGAUAUCGUGGAUCACAGAGAGCCCAACUUCACCAAAGGUUUGGUACGGUCCAUCUCCUUCAGCAAAUGCAUUAGCUGUCACGGGGACAACCUCUUCCUACCAUUACCUCCUUUACAAGUCCGGUGAAAUUCACGACGUUGUAAUUGGUCCCCUCAACCCCAACACUCUCUACUACUACCGUUUGGGUGACCCACCGUCUUCCGAAACAUACACCUUCAAGACUCCACCUUCUCAACUUCCCAUCAAGUUUGCAGUAGUUGGAGAUCUUGGACAAACGGAUUGGACGAGUUCGACCUUGGAGCAUGUGGGUAAGUCAAACUACGACAUGUUGAUUCUACCCGGUGACCUGUCCUACGCAGACUUUCUUCAACCUCUAUGGGACUCCUUUGGUCGAUUGGUGGAACCUUUAGCUAGCCAGCGUCCUUGGAUGGUCACCCAAGGCAACCAUGAAGUGGAGAAGCUUCCUCUCAUUCACUCAGAGCGUUUCACAGCGUACAACGCCCGAUGGCGCAUGCCCUUCGAACAAAGUGGAUCAGACUCUAACCUUUACUAUUCUUUCGAUGUUGCCGGUGUUCAUGUCAUCAUGCUUGGUUCCUACACCAAAUUUGACCCUUCUUCUCCGCAGUACAAUUGGCUUAAAUCUGACUUGAAAAAGGUUAACAGAGGAAACACUCCAUGGGUGGUGGUGCUUGUUCACGCCCCUUGGUACAACUCCAACACCGCUCAUCAGGGUGAAUCUGAAUCCGUUCAAAUGAAAGCUUCCAUGGAAGACUUGCUCUUCCAAGCCCGUGUCGAUGUUGUUUUUGCAGGCCAUGUUCACGCUUAUGAACGUUUUACACGGGUUUAUAAAGACAAAGCUAACAAUUGUGGUCCAGUGUAUAUCACAAUCGGGGACGGGGGUAACCGUGAAGGCCUUGCUAAUAAGUACAUAGAUCCUAAGCCAGCGAUAUCAAUGUUCAGGGAGGCUAGCUUUGGACACGGUAUAUUGGAAGUAGUUAAUGCAUCUCAUGCACAGUGGACAUGGCAUCAGAACGAUAACGAUGAAGCGGUUGUUAGUGAUAGUAUCUGGCUUACGAGUUUCUCCUCCAAUCCUUCUUGUAAACAGUGAUCAAAGAAUCAUGUGCUAGGGUUUCGAGCAAUUUAAUUGUGGAAAACUAAUUAUAAGAUGAAAAUAUCAACACAAAAAUAAAAUUAGAAUUUAUUCAUCUUAUAGAGUUUUAUUAUAGUCAGAUUGAAAUAAUUAUGUA